CAAUCCCCCCCAUCCAACUCAUCCCCUUAUCCUCCCUCACAACCACUAGAAUCUCUCAACCUCCCAAAUCUAAAACUCAUCUCUCCAUCCUUCAUCUUCCUCACCGCUCCUUUUAACUCUUCAAACCAAAACCCAUAGUAAUCCAAGAAAAAGCAAAGGAGCUACACCAAAAUGUCGCUCACAAUCCCCACAAAUCUCUCUAAACCCAUUUCAGCACCCAGAUUUGGCUCUCCCCUAUCCACCAAAUCAAGGCCUGCACCCACCACCAUAGUAUGCCAGGCAAAUUCUCCCUCCGACCACCACCACCACUCCUCUUCUCCUUCUUCUCAACUCAAGGCAUUUUCCGCAGCCCUUGCUAUCUCCUCCAUCAUUUUGUCCGCCCCUGUGCUGCCAGCCUCAGCUGAUAUAUCUGGCCUCACCCCCUGCAAAGACUCAAAGCAGUUCGCCAAGCGGGAGAAGCAGGAGAUCAAGAAGCUCGAGUCUUCCCUCAAGCUCUAUGCCCCCGACAGCGCUCCUGCUCUCGCCAUCAAGGCCACCGUUGAGAAGACCAAGCGCAGGUUUGAGAAUUAUGGGAAGCAAGGGCUGUUGUGUGGAUCGGACGGGUUGCCCCACUUGAUAGUGAGCGGUGAUCAGAGACACUGGGGUGAGUUCAUCACUCCAGGGAUCUUGUUCUUGUACAUUGCGGGAUGGAUCGGGUGGGCUGGAAGGAGCUAUUUGAUCGCAAUCAGGGACGACAAGAAGCCGACCCAGAAGGAGAUUAUCAUCGAUGUUCCAUUGGCUAACAGGCUUAUCUGGAGAGGCUUCAGCUGGCCGGUUGCUGCCUACAGAGAGUACUUGAAUGGGGAGCUCAUUGAUCCCAAUGUCUAAAUCAGGUAGGUACGUACGCACAGCAAUGAAGAGAAAUGAAAAAGGGAGGACGGAGGAGGAUGAUCAGAGAUGUCUCUAAUUUGUAUGGAUAGAGAGGAAGAAUGGACAAAUUCUUGUAUUUAAUUAAUACCUGUAAACUGUAUCUUGUGCCCCUCUAUGCUUUUGUUUUUAUUUAAUUGGAACCUCCCCCACCCCUAACUCUUUGCAGCA